AUGAUAGAUUCAUUAAACAAUGAAUUCGUUUGCAACAAUGACUUGAACAAGCACCUUCGAAAAUGCAUACCAGUCACCGAAUACAAUCGUCAACUCAGAGAAUUGAGACUAAACGCCUCCAUUGGAAGUAUUUCAGUUCUCGGUAUUAUGAGAAUUGUCAUUUUCGUCUUGUUGUUCAUUGGAUUAAUUCUCUUUCUUCUAUUCAAGAGAUCGAAAUAUUUGAAAUUCAAUAGAAUUGGAUUUGCUUUUGGAGUUUUGAUUUUUUCCUUGUUAGUUGUCUUGAAUGGAAUUUUGCUAAUUGACUUGAUCCCUUCGAGAGUAAUUGAUUUUAAUCCGACAGCAGCAGUGGUGGCAGCAAUUAAUUCUACAAAGAAUUCGACUCGGCAAAUUUCAUUUGAUUAUCAACAGGUUUUGGUUGACCAAAUCAUUUCUCCAUUAAUUUUAAUUCCCAUUCAAACUUUUGAACAAUUUGCUCAAUUGGCCACAAAUGCAACCACAAAUCAAACUCUAGUUGACUAUUCAAAAGUCAAUCUUAGAACCAUUCCUCUCAUCCAGAGAACAAGAGCCAUGUGGGUAUCUCAACCUCAAGAAUUACUAUCCGAAACCAUAUGUUUCAUCCACCUUUCGACCACAUCCUUGCUUCACUGGCUCAUGAUCUUGUGCAUCCCAAACUUUAUCUUUUUCAAUUAUGUGAUCAGAUCUUACAUGGAGAGAAAGAAAUUGCGAUUGGUAAAAUUCUUGGAAAAGGAACAAGAAAAAUUACAUCGAGAAUUUUUGAAACGUUUGCCAGAGGAAGAUUCUUCUGAGAAUUUAACACCUCAAUCGAAUGAAAUUCAUGUUGGAAAUAGAGUUUUGAGAGGAUAUGCCAGUCAAAGAUUGACAGAUGAAAGGUCAUUUAUUUCUGAGAGUGAUUCCUCAAUUGUUUUGAUGGAUCAACCUAGAAAAGCUUCAAUUCCACAGAGAGAAAGUUUCUUAUUUGGUGAUUCUCAAAGGGAACAUCGAUUCAUGUCUAGUGUGUCAACUGAGCCAUCUUUCUUUGCAAGUGUUUCACAACAUGCUGGUCAACCAGGAAAUAAUUCUGGAAGAGUUAGAAGAGAUUCAGCUGCUUCAGAUACUUCUGAAAAUGUGCAAACAGAUGGAAGUGAUCCAACUAAUUUGUCAAGUUUCGGUACAAGUUUCCUUAAACCACCUCAAUCGAAUUAUGAUUCGAAUGAUGGUCCUCCUCAAUUGCCAAAUCCAAAUGCGAGAAAUGGAAAGGACCCGUUCAAUCCUAAUUAUAAUCCGAGAGGAACUGAAGUUUCGUAUAUUUCCACCACUACUGGAAUGAUGACUCCAAGAGCAACAGUUGAAGACAACUUGGAAAGUGGAAGUGUUAUUAAACAUUCCUAUUUAAGGCAAACUCAUGGUGAGAGUGAUACUCUUUCACAGACAGAUUCCAAGUUUUUGAAUAAUUUUUCAAUGACUCCAUCGAGAACCACUCCAAUGAAUGAUGUCACUAAUCAGUCAACUCAAUUGUCAACAACUGCUUUUUCAUCCACUGAAAAUAGACAAUUAAGAUCUCAAUUUGAGAAUGAAAAGAUGAUUCUCAUUCUCAAUUUCUUCAUUAAUCAUCCAAAAACCUUUCAAGCUUUGACAUUUUGUUUCACAACCAUCAGUUGGGCUAUCGUUCAAGGAGUUUUCAUAGCAAUCAUGUUAGUUCCACAAUCUGUCACCAGUUGUGAUGCCAUCUGGUAUGUAGUUCAGAGAGUUUGGUACAGUUGCGUGUUAAUCCUAAGUACCUGCUUUAUGAUUGGACUAUUUCUCUUUGAUAUGUUGGUCAAUGAGAAAAAUUCCUUAUUGAAAAAGAAUGUCAAUUCUCCAAAUUCACAAAAGAAAUCCAAGUUUGCCUUCUUCAGAUUCUUAUCAAAUUAUUGGAUUCAUCAUGAUUUGAUGUGGUUCAGGAGGGAGGCACUCUUAUUUGUGUUGAUUUUCAUUGUCACUUGUUUGGGAUUGACAUUAACUGACAUUCUUGUUCAUGUGACUAGAUCUGAAGAGUUGGUGAUUAGAGUUUACAUGAUUAAGAUUGUAGCUUCAUUCCUGUUUGAAUUACCUUUCGUAUUGGUGACUCCAUUUCUUGUGGGAAUGUUUGCAUUGAAGAGACAAUAUCAUGUAAGCAAGUUACAAAAUGAUUUUGUAAAGAAUCAAGAUGAUUAUAUUAGAAAGAGUAUUAGACGAAAUGAAAAUAAUCAAACCUUGACUCAAUCAACUUUCCAUCAACAAUCCACCAAUAAUCAAGAUACUCUCAUUGAGCAACAUUACAAUUUAUCAAUUUAUCAUCCAACUGAGAAUAUUAUGAGACAAAUUCUCAAACAUUCGAAACUCAAUCGAUUGUUCCAAGAAUUUCUCCAAAGAGAAUUAUCAAUCAGCAACUUGCUACUCUACAAGGCAGUCAAUGAAUACUUUAUCUUGAAAGAGAAGGAAAAGAUUCUCGAGCAGAGACAAAAGCUCUUCCACAUUUACUACAAUUUCAUCAAUUCCAAUGAUAUUAAUCAAUCUCGUUUCAGUAACUUGUUGAAUCGUUCCAUUCUCUUGGUGAGUAAGAGUGAGAAUAGAUGGAUUUCCAAAUCCACAAUCAAGAGAUUUGAUGAAUUAAUGAAAGCUUUCCAUUCCAAUCCAGUCAAUGCCAAGGAAUUCCACAUCACCGUUGGAAGACAUCAACAAUCCACUGAAGUUGAAUUGGGAGACUUGAUGAUUCAACUCAAGGAAGAAAUCCUAUUCAAUUUGUUGGAUUCCUACACUCGAUUCUUUAUAGAAUGCAAGGAAUUCCACAUGUUCCUCUCCUCCAACUCCAAUUCGACUCAAUUUGGUGUUGCCAAUUCUUCUACUACAACUUCCAAUAAUCAUAACAAUAACAAUACUUCAAGUACCAUUACUUAUCAAUAA